UACAAUUGGAAUGCAGAGACAACAUCAAAGCCAGAAGCAGCAAAAACUACGGCAGCGACAAGGUGGAGCUGAAACAGCAAUAAGAUAUGCAAUUUAUGUAAUGUUGUUUGUUUUGCUCAAUGGAAUUCAAUAUACCCACGCUUGCUACUUUCCGAUAGAGAUACAGGGGGAAUACGUUACACAAAGCACUUACCUGGCGACGGCGAAUAAUGACAUCAAAUAUUCACACAUUAACAUUACGGAUGACGCGGUGCCGAUAUGGGGUCACUGUUAUCGACGCGUUGGAAAUAAUGUCAUUUUAAUGAGUGGUGACGAGGAGAACCCUUGCUUUAGGUGUUUCAAUCUGAGACUUGUCACGAGGAAUGUAUUGCAAGUCAUUACAGCAGAUGAGGACUACCUGUCCAAAUGUUACACGAAUGACAUUAAGGUGCUUUCGUCAUGUCCCAGCGAAGAUAGUGCCUUGCAAAGUAUACGACCACACACAGAAAUUACAUUAUACAAAACGCACAAUUAUAUCGGAGAUCCCAUCAUCAAGGAACACUGUCCAUUUAGCGAUCGCUAUCGAUUGACUUACAACACGGAUGACGGAUUCGAAGACAAAAUCGAAUGUUCGUCAAGUGACGACUCCAAUUCCGAAGUAUCUGAGUUAGAUAGCUGUCCGAGUGGCUCACAAAUGAAUUUGCGCUUCAAAGGUUGCUCGUUCGAAGAUCACGACAUCAAAUUUGAUUGUUUAGGUCAUUGGAUCGGAAAUGACAAUCAAAAAUAUGUGGCUUUGAUGAAUGCCAAAAGCACAGAUACGUUAGGACCACAAUACAGAUGCGCAAUUUACGAAACUAAUUUAGCUACUGGAGAUAUUACGUUGAAAUUCAGCAAUGAUUCGACAUGUUCGAACAUCAAUCGACCAACGGGAGACCGACGACGAGUAAUACAGAAGAAAGAAGCAACGCGACGCGAGAUGCUCAUUUUGCAUCCAAUGGAUGUGCGAUCAUGGCCUGAUGUAAAUUUUUGUCGUUACCCAUCGUGGAUGCAUGGUGAAUGGCAGCAUUUGACAAUUCAUCCGGACAAAAUCGUCUACAAGGAUCACACUUCGUUCAAGACAUACACAAUGAAGUGCAUGAAAAAUCCCAUUCCCGACAGGUAUCUUGUGCUGAGUCGAUCUCAAUGUGGUGAGGAAACAUAUCAGUGCAUUUGGAUUACACGACGCAGUCACAAUGUUCUGGAAUUUCAAAUGGGCUUAGCAUCUAACAAACAAAGUUUUUCUGAUGACCUCUGCUCAAAAACGCACUUUAGCGAAGAAAGAUGGAUUACGGAAGCAAGAAUUGACUCGAGUGUAUUGCCAUUCCCUUGCCCAACUACGGGAGAAUACAGUGGUGUCAUUCCCGAUGCUCUUGGACUUUGCUCACGACUAGCAAGUGACUGUAAAUCUUCGGAAACAAUGUACUACGAUGUGUCAGCAUGCGAGGAAAGCGAAGACAUUUAUGAGGAACGAAUUUAUCAAUGUCUUGGCGAAUGGGUUGAAAACGAUUUUCACUACAUUUACACGAAGCGAAAGGACAUUGGAAGUUUCGAAUGUUUCGUGGGAGCCAAAAUAGGAGGAGAACACAGUGAAAAAAUAUUCUUGAAAGAAGGAGGAGAAAAUUGCGAUCGACUUGUGAACCCAUUCAAAUAUGGAAUGGAAAUGAACAAAAUUUCACAUUGCAACACACUUCCAAAAUUGGAGAUCCCAUCGUUCCCGACAAAUUUAAAUCCAAAGCAUGGACCAAGUAUCAUGGAGCCCCAAGAUAUUCCAAGUGCUCAAUUUAUACCAGACGAGGCUGAAACAUCCCGACACAAAAUCCACUACUCAGAGGAAGAAGAAAAUGUGAUCGAUAACUUUUUGUCUAAAUCACGUCCAUCAAUGAAGGUCAAGGAAACAGAAAGGUCACAUUCAAGUGCCGCCCACUUAAAAGCAAAUCUUCUUUUGAUGAUAGGUGUAUUGCUAAUUUUAACGCUUGUCAGACAUAACUAACGAAAUUUUAGUCACCUAAAUUAUUUUGAAGCAGGACAAAAUGUAUAAACCAAAUUAUUUUUCUUUAUUUAAGCUUUUUUUAAAGAAGACGAACUAGUAGUAAAUAAGAUAGUUGAUAAUUGUGUAAAUAUGUGACAAUAUUUGAUGACUGA